AUGUCGGUGCUGGAGGAUCUGAUCCGGGCGAUCGAGCUGUGGCUGCGGAUCGCCAAGGAGCAGGUGCCGCUGGUCGACCCCAGCCUCGACCCGGUGCUGCUCGUGCCCGGCAUCGGCGGCUCUAUUCUCGAGGCCGUGGACGAGGCCGGGAACAAGGAGAGGGUCUGGGUGCGCAUCCUCGCCGCCGACCACGAGUGCCGCGAGAAGCUCUGGGCGCAGUUCGAUGCCUCCACGGGCAAAACUGUUUCCGUGGAUGAGAAAAUACACAUCACUGUCCCUGAGGAUAGGUAUGGAUUGUACGCCAUCGACACAUUGGACCCAGACCUGAUUAUUGGUGAUGACAGUGUUUACUACUAUCAUGACAUGAUAGUGCAAAUGAUUAAAUGGGGAUAUCAAGAAGGCAAAACUCUGUUUGGAUUUGGUUAUGAUUUCCGCCAAAGUAACAGGCUUUCGGAAACACUUGACAAAUUUUCUAAAAAGCUAGAGUCAGUAUACACAGCUUCAGGAGAGAAAAAGAUCAAUCUAAUAACACAUUCAAUGGGGGGAUUGCUUGUUAAAUGCUUCAUGUCUCUUCAUGGUGAUGUCUUUGAAAAAUAUGUGAAGAGUUGGGUUGCAAUUGCUGCACCAUUUCAAGGUGCGCCUGGGUACAUAAAUAGUGGUCUGCUGAAUGGGAUGUCUUUUGUGGAAGGAUGGCAAUCAAAAUUCUUCAUUUCCAAAUGGACUAUGCAGCAAUUGUUGAUUGAAUGCCCAUCAAUAUACGAGUUGUUGGCUAGCUCAACCUACCACUGGGAAGAUACACCAUUGCUACAGAUCUGGAGAGAGAGCUCAGAUGAGAAUGGUAAGAAAAGUGCCAUUCUGGAGUCGUAUGAACCAGAUGAAGCAAUAAAGAUGAUUCAAAAAGCUCUUUCCAAGCAUGAGAUUAUCGCUGAUGGAAAUCACAUUCCUCUGCCCCUUAAUGAGGAUAUAUUAAUAUGGGCAAAGGAAACUCAAGAUAUCUUAUCCCAGGCAAAGCUUCCAAAAUCAGUGAAGUUCUACAAUAUUUACGGGAUUGAUUAUGACACUGCUCAUACUGUUUGCUAUGGGAGCAAACGGCACCCUAUUUCAAAUCUUAGUCACCUCUUAUAUACUCAGGGUAAAUACAUCUGUGUCGAUGGUGAUGGAUCCGUUCCCGCAGAAUCAGCAAAGGCGGACGGCCUUGAUGCAGUGGCGAGAAUUGGGGUUGCUGCUGACCACCGAGGCAUCGUCUGCGACCACCGCGUGUUCCGCAUAGUCCAGCACUGGCUGCACGCGGGUGAACCUGACCCGUUCUACGACCCGCUCAACGACUAUGUUGUCAUCCCAACCAUCUUCGAGGUCGAGAAGCACCACGAGAAAUGCGGGGACGUGACGUCAGUCAGGGAGGACUGGGAGAUCAUCUCCCACACCGACGGCGACGAGGCCAAAAGGCCGCCCGAGCUCCCCGCCAUGGUCGGCGCGUUGUCUGCGUCUCGCGAGGGUAAGGAUGGCCUGCUGGACGAGGCGCAGGCCACCGUGGUGGUCCACCCGGAGAGCGGAGGCCGGCAGCAUGUGGAAGUCAGGGCUGUCGGAGUCAGCCACGGUGGCUAG